ACUAUUCUCAUGUAGGUGUAAAAAUUACUUCAUUCGUGAUAAAACUAUCAUGUCCGGACAAUAAUUUUAUAACCAUGGAGUAAUAUUAUGUGGUAGCAUUACUAACAUUAUUCUUCGGGAGUAUUCGGGAGCGUAUUUCAAGCAAUACUGUAUCACUUUCUUGAUAAUCCUAUUCCGUUGUGACAUAACUAAUCUAAAAGUGAUUAAUCUAUUCGUCCAGUACAGUAUUAUUCCAAGAAUAAUAUUUUCGGAAUGUCUCUGCAGUUCGCGACCAUUCGCGACCGCCAUUGUGCUCAAGUCGUCAGAACCAAGGCCUUCUGUCAGAGAACCGAGCAAGCGUCCCAGUCCUCGAAGGUGUGGACUGACUUGGGAAUGAUCAUGGGGCUCGAGGAGGACGUGAAGGAGCAUGUCCUGCACAAAAUCAGACAUACCGCGAAGAAGUAUGCCCAGACGAUGAUAAACGUGGAGCCGGCCGACAAAGACGACGACGAGCUGCUAGCUCUACUUGCCUAUGGUUGUGGAACAACCAUUGGCACCUUGGCGGAUCCGAGAAACGGGGUUCGUCAGGCAGGUGAGGAACUAUCGGUGGACGGUGUGGUGGUCUGCCAACUGCCGGCCACCAGGUUGGAGACCGUGGCCCUAAUGACGGCCGCCCACGCUGUCUUCUACAAAAAGUUCACGGGGCCCUGCAGGGCCCUGUUCGAGAUUCUUUAUACGGAGUGUGGGAUUCGAUGUAAACCUAUCUGGCUUAUCACAGAAGGUGUGGGAGGUUACCCAGGUAGUGUAGAACCAGCAUCGGAGAUGCCCACUUCGAAUGACUGGCGACCUGUGGCUCACCUGUGGUUCAAGUGACUCGUGACUUGUGGCUCACCUGUGGCUCAAGUGACUCGCAACGUGUGGCUCACACUACUGGAGCCUCUGUAUUAUGACUAAUUCAGCUGCGGCGGUCUCAGUACGUCAAUGAGUCUCAGUACGUCUUUCAUAGCCCAGGUCACGCUCGUUUUAUAUGUCAUCCGUGGCGGUGAUUCUGUGCGCAGAUGUUAUUCGUUAGCCUCAGUGUUAACCAUACACGCUCGUUUUAUCUGCCAUCCGUGGCGGUGGUUCUGUGCGCAGAUGUUAUUCGUUAGCCUCAGUG